AUGCUGCAGGAUAAGGGCCUGUCGGAGAGCGAGGAGGCCUUCCGGGCCCCGGGCACAGCGCUCGGGGAGGCCAGCACCACCAACGCCACCAACGUCCCCGAGCCCGCGCUGGCCGCGCCGGGUCUUAGCGGAGCAACUCUUGGCAGCCCCCCGGGCCAGGGCGCCGACGUCGCCGCUGCCGCCGCGGAUUCUCCUCCCUCCCAUCCCCAGACCAUCGAGAACAUCAAGGUGGGGCUGCACGAGAAGGAGCUGUGGAAGAAGUUCCACGAAGCGGGCACCGAGAUGAUCAUCACCAAGGCCGGCAGGAGGAUGUUCCCCAGCUACAAGGUGAAAGUCACGGGCAUGAACCCCAAGACCAAGUACAUCCUGCUCAUCGACAUCGUCCCGGCAGAUGACCAUCGCUAUAAGUUCUGUGACAACAAGUGGAUGGUCGCUGGGAAGGCUGAGCCAGCCAUGCCGGGGAGGCUUUAUGUCCACCCAGACUCUCCUGCCACAGGGGCCCACUGGAUGCGGCAGCUGGUCUCUUUCCAGAAGCUGAAGCUGACCAACAACCACCUGGACCCCUUUGGCCAUAUCAUCCUCAACUCCAUGCAUAAGUACCAGCCACGGCUGCACAUCGUUAAGGCCGAUGAGAACAAUGCUUUUGGCUCCAAAAACACAGCCUUUUGCACCCACGUGUUCCCAGAGACAUCCUUCAUCUCCGUGACCUCCUAUCAGAACCACAAGAUCACACAGCUGAAAAUUGAGAACAACCCUUUUGCCAAGGGAUUCCGGGGCAGUGACGACAGCGACCUGCGUGUGGCCCGGUUGCAGAGCAAGGAGUAUCCGGUGAUCUCCAAAAGCAUCAUGAGGCAGAGGCUCGUCUCCAGUCAGCUCUCAGCUAAGCCCGACGUCAGUCCCCUGCACAGCGCGCACCAGGCGCUGCAGCACUACCAGUUUGAGAACGGGGCCCACAUGCAGUUCGCUGCUGCAGAGCCCCAGGACCUGCCCCUCAACACCUUCCCAACGCAGAGGGACUCCAGCCUCUUCUACCACUGCCUGAAGCGCAGAGACAGUGCCCGCCACCUGGACUUACCCUGCAAGCGAUCCUAUCUGGAAACCCCCUCUUCGGUGGGGGAUGAUCACUACUUCCGCUCUCCCCCUCCCUACGACCAGCAGAUGCUGAGCCCUUCCUACUGCAGCGAGGUAACCCCCAGAGAGGCCUGUAUGUACUCGAGUUCAGGGCCCGAGAUUGCGGGGGUGUCUGCUGUGGACGACUUGCCCCCGCCCCCACUGAGCUGUAACAUGUGGACGUCGGUCUCGCCGUACACCAGCUACAGCGUGCAGACCAUGGAGACUGUGCCUUACCAACCCUUUCCCGCACACUUCGCCACCACCACGAUGAUGCCACGACUGCCCACCAUCUCAGCCCAGAGCCCCCAGCCACCAGGAAAUGCCCACUUCAGUGUAUACAAUCAGCUGCCCCAGUCUCAGGCCCGAGAGCGGGGGCCCUCCACUUCCUUCCCUAGAGAGCGUGGCCUCCCCACAGUGUGCGAGAGGAAGCCGCCCUCCCCACACCUGAACGCUGCCAAUGAGUUCCUCUACUCCCAGAGCUUCUCCUUGACCCGAGAAUCAUCCUUGCAGUACCAUUCAGGAGUGGGGACUGUGGAGAACUGGACUGAUGGAUGACGUGACCGCUGUAUCCUUGACAACCCCAGGACCAUGUCAAUCCAGUAUUAACCUCUGUGGGUGGCUGGCACUACCAAGAAACAUGGGAAGGUAUUCCAGAAGGGGUGUGUGUGUGUGUGUGUGUGUGUGUGCGUGCGUGUGCGUGCUUGUGUUUCUACAUGUGUGUGUGUGGCUGGAGAGCAUCUGUCUUCUGACAUGCAGCUAAGGCCAAGACAAGAAAAAAGAUACAACUGUCUAGGAAGUAAUUUUGACUUCAGGAGCCAAGUCCUUUGUUACCUGGCAUCUCUUGACAUGCCCUGGGUGGAUCGAAGUGGAGGGCUCACGAGUUAUCUAGAUAGAGGUUUUUGAAAUAUACUCUGAUUUACUCAGGGGCCAGCUGAGGUCUCUGGCACAAGGAGGGCCUUUCUUGGCUGGAAUUGGGGGUAUCUGUGCUUGCUUAGGGUUCUUGGCCCUCUACCUGUAAGGGGAGCCGCCCACCACUCUUAGGAACAGGAGUACCCCACUCCUUUGGCUUCUGGAGAUGUAUGAGACUACCUGAGCCUUAGAGUACUGUGAGGGUGGAGCUGGCCAUCCAUCAACCUGGGCUUGGAUUCUUGAAGCUCCAGGGUCUGAGGCUGACUUGCAGAAAGAAUUCCGGUGCUUGCUUCCUUCAAGAGGGGGGAAAUGCCACCAUUUUAUCUCUGUCCAUCAUCAUGAAGGUCAGAGCCCCUCCCCCCAGCCCCAGCAUGUGACCUCUCAGCCUGUCAGAUACCAUCUGCAGCCUGUGAUGGGCAGUCAAACACACCUUACCUGGCAACAUCCCAAACUGAUGUUCCACGUCUGCUGGACCCAUUCAGCGCCUAGGAAAAUCCACAUCCCCAGAGCAAGGAAGCUGGCAGAAGGAAGCAGAUAACUGAGAAAGAGCACUUCAGUGGUCCAGCUCAGAGGAGCAGAUGAUUCUUCCAGAGUGGGGAAUGAGGAGAGCAGGCACUCAGUCCAUCAGCUUCCAAUGUCACCAGAGUGUCAGGUGUGGUCGGAGUGAACUCGAAAGCAGAACCUGGAAAUCACUAAACUCUUUGCAUGCUGAAUAGCUAUUUAUAUAUUAUAUAAAUAAAUAUAUAAAUAAAUAUAUCUAUAUCUCACAAAUGCGGGCCACAUGUCAAAUUCAGCUUUGCUUUUUACAAAUAAACUUACUGAAAAUGAAUGCUGGAGGGAGUAUUUGGAAAGACAUCUAUUUAAAUUUUUAUUGCAUUUGAUGUUAUCUAAGAAUGGUUUAGAUAUAACAUAUUAUAUAUAUAUAUUAUAAAUGCACACACUACAGAUAAAGCUUUAUUAGAAAACACAUUAGCUGACAGGUGGUAUGAAACUUCCAAGUGUUUUGGUAUAUAGCAUGGACAUUUUAUUUUGCAUAUUGAGACAUAAAGCCAUCUUACAACUGUGAAGUGUGUGUGUCCUUUAUU